CACUUUUCAGCACAGUUAAGCCUCAGUUUUCCAGAGAGAAUAUAUAACAGUAGCUGUAGUUAGGCAACAAUAUAAUGGCUGGGUCAAUCAGCUGUUUCUUCAUGGUCAUUAGUAGUCUUGUUGCUUUUGCACCACUUUCCCUCUGUUAUGAGGUCUAUGGUGGUGAGGGUGGUAGCCUGUAUCCACAGUAUUACGAGAAGUCGUGCCCAAAAGCACUAGAGAUUGUUAGGUGUGAGGUUGCGAAAGCCGUCGCUAAAGAAGCAAGAAUGGCUGCUUCUUUGCUCAGGCUCUCCUUUCAUGACUGUUUUGUCCAGGGGUGUGAUGCAUCUCUGCUUCUAGACAGCGGUAAUGGCAUAACUAGCGAGAAGAAUUCUAACCCCAACAGAAAUUCUGUUCGUGGGUUUAAUGUGAUUGAUGAUAUCAAAGCUGCUUUGGAGAAGGAGUGCCCUCAAACUGUUUCUUGUGCUGAUAUUCUGCAACUUGCUGCCAGGGAUUCUACAGUUCUGAGUGGCGGACCAUUCUGGGAAGUCCCAUUAGGAAGGAAAGACUCCAAAAGUGCCAGCCUGAGUGGCUCCAACAACAACAUCCCUGCACCAAACAGCACAUUCCAAACCAUUCUCACCAAGUUCAAGCGCCAGGGCCUUGAUCUUGUUGAUCUUGUGGCAUUAUCUGGGAGCCACACAAUUGGGAACUCAAGAUGUGUCAGUUUCAGACAAAGGCUUUACAACCAAGCUGGAAACAACAAACCAGACUCUACCUUGGAUGAGUAUUAUGCUGCUGAGCUCCGCAAUAGGUGCCCGAGAUCAGGGGGCGACUCGAACCUGUUUUUCUUGGACUUUGUGAGCCCGACAAAGUUCGACAACAGCUACUUCAAGCUCUUGUUGGCAAACAAGGGACUUCUCAACUCAGACCAAGUUCUGAGCACCAAGAAUGAAGAAUCAUUGCAGCUGGUGAAAGUAUAUGCAGAGAACAAUGAGCUUUUCUUUCAACAUUUCGCCUCGUCCAUGAUUAAGAUGGCCAACAUUUCGCCUCUCACUGGUUCCCAUGGAGAAAUCAGGAAGAAUUGCAGGAAAAUCAACUCUUAUUAAUACAAAUAGUAUAAACCCCCCUGAGAGGCAAUAGAAAGAAUAAUAUUUUGUGCCUUGAUUGUCAUGUAUUGUGUUCUUUUUCCAAAUUCCCAGCUUUUGAGUGUUUGUAUUUCCCCCUUUUUUUUUGAUCGUUUUGUUUUUGAAUUGAAAGUUAAGUACCCUGUUGUUUACUACUAAAGUAAUGAUAAGUGAU